AAGUAAUCAAGAAGGACAAAUGGCUAUAACGUUACAGAACUACGCCUAGCGGUAGACUAGAGGAAGUCUCUACAGUCUCGCUUCGUGAUUAUGAUUAAGACUUUUGCUUAAGCUAUAAUAGAUAAAUCGUUUGUAAAAUGUUUCAGAAUUUCGUGACAUGCAGGAUUAGUUUAGUAGGUAUUGCUCGCUCCACACAAUCACAAAGAAGAUUUAGAAAUGGUUCAAGAGAACAUUCUUCAUCGCGCAAUCCAUUGUUACGAACAACCUGUUUUCAUUUACCAGAUAUACAAAGUUUAUCAAUUCGUUCGUAUUCAAAUCCAGCAAGAAGACCAAGUUUCUUUUCUCAAUUUGUUGAAAAUAUUAAACAAGAAAUGCAGAAAAAUAAAGAGAUGAAAGAAUCAUUAAAAAAGUUUCGUGAAGAAGCAGAGAAAUUAGAACAGUCAGAAGCAUUGCGCUCAGCGAGACAAAAAUUUCAAGCAGUUGAAUCUGAAGCCUCAAAGGGUUCUGAAGCUAUAAAAGAGAAAUUAGAUAGUCUAAAAGAAAAAGUACAAGAAGUUAUUGAGGAAGCAAGUAAAUCUGAACUAGGCAAAAAAGCAGGACAAUUAGGUGAGGAAAUAACUAAAUCGGCAAAAGGCGCAGCAGAAACGAUUUCGGAAAAAAGUCAAGCACUUGGAAAAACAGGAGCUUUCCAAACUAUCUCACAGACAGCAGAAGUUGUACGCAAAGAGUUAGAUCAUCAAGGAAUGCAAGGAAGAGUUUACGUACCACUUACUAAACUAAGAAAAAGAAAAGAAAUAGUAGAUAUAUCUUUAGAUGAAAAGCAGUUUCAACCUAAUAUGGAUGCACGAGGAGUUGAAUUGCAUAAAGAUUCUAAAUUUUUUCAGUCUUGGCAAAAUUUUAAGGAUAACAAUCCAUAUAUGAAUAAAGUUUUGGAUUGGAAAAUCAAGUAUGAAGAAUCGGACAAUCCUGUAAUUCGUGCUUCCAGAUUUUUUACAGAGAAAGUUAGCUAUAUGGUUGGUGGUAUGUUCCAAAAGACAGAUUUGUCGGAAACAUUAACAGAAAUUUGUAAGCUGGAUCCAAGCUUUGAUAAAAAUCAAUUUUUGAGAGAUUGUGAAAUAGAUAUUAUACCAAAUAUACUCGAGGCUAUGGUUAGAGGAGAUCUUGAAAUUUUAAAAGAUUGGUGUCACGAAGCCGCGUAUAAUGUAAUAUCGCAACCUAUUAUGCAAGUACAAAAAUUGGGAUAUCAUUUAGACAAUAAAAUCUUAGACAUUGAAAAUGUAGAUCUUUUAAUGGGUAAGAUGAUGGAACAAGGUCCAGUUUUAUUGAUAACGUUUCUCAGUCAGCAGAUAUUAUGUAUAAGAGAUAAAGAUAAUAAUAUAGUCGAAGGAGACCCUGAAAGAGUGAUGCGUUUCAACUACAUUUGGGUAUUAUGUCGCGAUCCAACGGAACUCAAUCCAAAAGCUGCUUGGCGUUUACUUGAAAUUAGUUGUUCGAGUGUCAAGCAAUUUGUAUAGUGUACUGAUUCUAGAUAAAAUUCAUAUUUUAUUUCCGGAAAAUUGAUGUCAAAAGCGAUUAAGUUGUUUUAGAUGUUUCUUUGUCUCAUGUGCAAUGGAAGCACAUAAUGGUUGAAUGAUUUUCUCCUAAAUAAGCUGGCUAUUAUAAUUACAAUUAUGAAAUAUUUUUUCAUACAAUGUCGGAUUAAAAAAGUACCGUGAUAUAAAAAAAACAUUAUUUAAAACAAAAAUUCUUUUCUUGCUUGUUAAAAAAAAAGAUCAAGAGAGAGAGAGAGAGAGAGAGGUGUUCGUAUACAUGGUGUAUUAAAAAAAUUACACGGUAUGUGUAACUUUUAUGUGAAGAAUAUAAUUCUAUUGUCUAAAAAUAGUCGAGAGAAUCAAUCGAGAGUUAACGUGGAUAUUAACACGAAAAAUGAAUAAUUGAGCCUCGAUGUAUGCAUAUUAUUUUAAAACUAUACCAUAUAACAUGGUAAAAAUGUGUAUACAUUCAUGUAACAUAAUUUUCUAUACAUACCUUAAAAAUUUUAGUUGUAUGAUCUCUGUAUAUAUGCGAUUGCUUUCAUUAAGAAUAUCUAUAAUAAACAAUAGACUACUUUGUUAGAUCCAUGAUGUUUUUUAACCUUUGUUAUACUAACAGUUAUGAAUAGGUACAUUGAACAGUUCAAGAUAUAAUUUUGUAUAUUGCGGUAAUAUAAAAUAGGAAGAUAAAUGUAUUAAAUUUAGUUAAACAUGUAAUUAGAUGUGAAGUAUUUGCUAUUUAAGUGUGUAUAUAUUUACAAAACAUUAUUUAUAUUCCACGAUGUACAGUAUCCAACCUUUUUGCAACAGCGUUAAUUUAUUUAAAAUAACUAUAGCAAACAAAUUAAAAUUAUCUACAAGCUGAAAUAAAAUGUCGUUAUUUGAUAAA